UCCAGUGAUAGGACAUUAACACAGAUCGUGCUUCUUCCACGCUUCCUUCGUGUUGAAUCUCUUCUUCCUAUGUUUCUCCCCUUCUAUCGGUCUUGAUCGUCCUCAAAGAGUGGUGUUCAUUGGUUGGUUGAUUUGUCCCUUUCCGUGCCACUGUGGGUGCCGAAGGGAUAGAUGAAGUCCUCUUCUUUGAAUCCGCCGUCGAAUCGGAGAAAAGAUUGAAAGAUCCGGUGAAAGAUGGCUAUGUUUUAGGUUUUUUUUCUUCUUGCUUUCUAUCGAUGUUUCGUUGUUGCUUUGAUUCGACCGUGGAUCGGAUGAAUCUGGCGUUGUAUUGAGUGCGAUCCGAUGAUUCGAUAAUGUGACUGGUUUUCGAUCUAGGUCUGUUUUCCCCCUUUUUCUUGUUCGUCGAGAAAUUUUUCUCGGGAUUUAGAAAUUUGAGGUCUGUUCGCUGAUUUCCUGUGUGGGUUGGUCCGGGUGCUUGUUUGGAACUCAUCUUCCUCAUGGACGGUGUGGAUUCGUGGCAGAAGAGUCUUCCCAUCGCCUACUUCCAGCGUGAGGUUGCCGGGUUCAAUCCGAUGAAUGGGAAUGGAGACGGCGGCAACCACGAGGAGGAUGAACACGCAUUGAUCUCGUUGGAUGCCAUCUUGCCCGAUGAUCUCCUCGAGAAGGUGCUCUCCUUCUUGCCCAUAGCCAGCAUCAUCCGAUCGAGCUUUGUUUGCAAGCGGUGGUACGAGUCGGUGCACUCGGGCCGGUGGUCGUGGACCAAAAUGUUGCCUCAGAAACCGUGGUACUUCAUGUUCAACUGCGGCGGCGACGCUGUCUCGGGGUACGCCUACGACCCGAGCCUCCGCAAGUGGUACAGCUUCGACUUCCCCUGCAUCGAGCAGAGCAACUGGCUGACGUCCUCGUCCGGCGGCCUGGUCUGUGCCAUGGACAACGAGGACCGUAACCGCGUCUUCGUCUGCAACCCCAUCACGCGCGACUGGAAGCGGCUGCGCGAUGCCCCCGGCGGGAGGUUCCCUGACUACAGCGCGCUCGCAGUGUCGGUCGACCGGCGCACCCACGUCUACACGGUAGCCGUCGCCAAGUGCAAGCAGGUGCCGCAGGACUACUACCAGUGGGACUUCUCCAUCCACGUCUACGAGUCGGCGACGCGGUCAUGGACCACGCCCUUCGCGCAGGUUCUCGUCGGGUGGAGAGGCAGCGACGAGUGCGUCAUAUGCGACGGCGUUCUCUACUACUUGAUCUACUCCACCGGUGUGCUCCGGAACAUGGAGCAGCGCCAUUGCCUGGUUAUAUACGACCUCGCCGGCCAGCCGUCUUCCCCAACGAGUCUAAUGCAAAUGGUGAUCCCGGUGCCCUGCUCGCUCACCUGCGGCCGACUGAUGAACCAGGGAGGCAAACUGGUGAUGGUAGGCGGGAUCGGGAAGCCCGACCGGCCUGGAAUCAUCAAGGGGAUUGGAAUUUGGGUUCUGCUGGAGAACAAGGAAUGGCGGGAGGUGGCCCGAAUGCCGCAGAAGUUCUUCCAGGGGUUCGGUGAGUUUGACGACGUCUUUGCGAGCAGCGGCGCCGGAGACGUCAUCUACAUACAGAGCUUCGGGUCGCCGGCGCUGCUGACGUACGACAUGAGCCAGAAAUUGUGGAAGUGGUCGGCUAAGAGCCCGGUGAUAAAGCGCUUCCCGCUGCAACUCUUUACUGGGUUCUGCUUCGAACCCAGGCUUGAGGUCGCUUCCUGAACUCUCCUCCAAAUUGCUUCGCGUUUUGACUUUACAACUGAACAAAGAGUUGCUAUAGAUCUAUUUUCAUUUUUCUUCCUUCGUUUUGUGGUCAAGAAAGAAAAUUUCGUUGGCUGCUAAGAGGAAGAAGUGCAGUCUAUGGAGAGAAAUCAUCCUUGGCAAGGAUCAUUAGAACAUUUCGAACUUGUCUUUUCCAGUUUUAGACACACAUCAUACUUUGUGUUUAACUUUAUGAUCCAUCGAUGGAUGAACAGAUUGAACAAGGCAUGUUUUAAUCAGAAAAUUCAAUAUCUAAUUAAGAAGGAAAUAUGGUUAAAGGGA